GCCGGUUGCUAUAAGAAGCCCGCACGAUUUGCGCAUGCAUUUCUGUCCUGUGGCCUUCCCUUGAGCGUCCACGAGAAGGUAAACGUCAUGUCCUACCCAAUUAUCUCCCCUGCGCACUACAGCUUCAAGCAGAUGGGUCUCAUUGCGACCGCACGCAGCGAGCCGGGCAUUCAUAUUGUCUACCAGAAUGGAUUUAAGCACCACCACAAAGCCGAUACGGGCGAAGUGGUCAUCCCGAAAGGGAUGUCAAAGUCAGUGAAGUUUACGCACGUCUUUUAUUUUCCCGACGACUCAUCAAGCAAAGAGUACCGCAUGUAUUAUAAGGACACAGUGUCGAAAAGUCGUAUGGCUUACAUAGUCGACGGCCCCGUUGUCAAGAGAAGUUUAGGAGUCUACGAGCACGUGACAAACUAUAGCGACGAAUACAUCAACCUUGACUACAGCAACCUCAAACAGGAAGACUUUAAGCACGGAGUCUCUGUAAUCCAGAUGGAUGCCAACGAGAAAAAUGAGUUUAUGGUGCAAUGGAAUGGCCAAGACAUAUGGACGCGACGAGGGAGUCUGAAAACUCUGAGCCUUGGCCAGUUCAUCUAUCAUCAGUUCGGAGCCGUGGCAGACGGAACGUACUUCAACGCCACCCUCAUGGAAAUUCAUAUCACCUACACCGGUGGGGACAGCGGCGCAGUGUUCGAUCACACAGCAGAUUUCAUGGCCUUCGGUUAUUGGGCAUACUACACUGAACUAAUGCUGAGCGCAGGAGCCUACCUCACGUUCGAAGGCAAGGUCGAGACCGACGCCGCAGUCACCGUCAAGGAUGGAUAUAGUGUCAGGUUCAGCCACACAGGAAAGACCGAUUACCUGUGCAUAAUCAUGAAGAUCAUGGAAGGGCGAACCCUGACCGGAGAGGCAGGGAAGCCUCCCACAAAAGUGGCGUACACCUCCUACAACAUGGGGACAAGUGGCACGCCAGGUACAUCGUACAUCAACGUGAGCAAAAGCUUCCGACUCACAAACUGCUGUGCGAUCACCGGAUUCUAUGGAGCGCCGUGACGCAAGACCGGACCGGACUGACCGUUGCCUACAGUAAUUUGCGAAGACUGGAAGGCAACUUAUCACACCGCGACCCACGGCAGCGCACCACAUCAAGGAUGUGUUUCAAAUAAACGUACACUAUAGCA